AUGCCGGGAAGAUCAACCACCGAGGCAAUUCAUCUUCUGAGGAGAUUGAUGGAAAAGUAUAGGGAGCGAAAGAAGGAUUUGCAUCUGGUGUUCAUAGACUUGGAGAAAGCGUACGAUAGCAUACCACAAAGCCUCGUUUGGGAUAGCCUCAAGAAUAUAGGUAUUUCACGAAGGUACAUUGAGGGAUCAACACUAAGUCCUUUUAUUUUUACCGCCAUUAUGGAGGAAAUCUCUAAGUCCAUCUGGGAGAUCGUACCAUGGUGCAUGCUUUUCACCAACGAUAUAGUUUUGGUCGCAAAAACCAAAGAGAAGGCUAAUAGUAAAUUGGAAGAGUGGAGGGAAGCCUUGGAGGGAUCGAUAGGGGAACCAAAGGUGACCAUAGGGGGAGAAGUUGUUGCAUGUACGUCCAAGUUCAAAUACUUGGGAUCGGUGAUUCAGAGUAAUGAAGAGAUUGAUGGAGACGCCAGCAUUGUUGUAUGGGACAGAAUGUUGGCCCGUAAGAAGUUUUUCGAACAAAGGAUAGAUGUAACAGAAAUGCGUAUGCUGAGGUGGAUGUGUGGUAAUACUAUGGUAGAUAAGACAAAAAACCAAGAGUUCAGGGAGAAGUUAGGGGUUGCACCUUUCUCCGCAAAGAUGCGGAAGAACGGGUUGAGAUGGUUUUCUCUCCCUUUGAAGACCUUUCACGAGUCGAGGGACUUUUUGACCGCACUCUCCUAUAUAAGUGAUGGUGUUGUCUUGGCUUCUGUAUUCACAAAGAAGAUCAAAAAGAUUCCUUCUAAGGAUCAAAAUGACAAUCCUCAACAAUCAAAGAUGGCUAAUUAA